AUGCCUAUACUACAAGCAAAACCAUUAAAUUCCUUUUUCCAGAAGUUCAAGCCUUUUAAAAAAUCACAUUUACAUGAUAUCGAUGCCACAAAUGACAUGGGGCAAUACACUAGUAUUUUGAAGAAAAAAGAUGAUUCUCCAAUAAACAGAAAAGAAGCCGAAGUUGUCAACGUUAAGAGAGGUGGUUGUGAUCUAGCAAAGUAUGCCAGUCUUUUGAGGGAGAGUGGUAUUGUUCCUGAAAUGUUUUUAAUCAAAGAGUCUCAGAGUUCAAAAUUUGUUGAUGAAGAUGGUCAUGUAGCUAACGAAUUUUUAACAGAGAGACUUGUUGGACCUCAUAGAAGAUUAUGUAAAGUUGUUGAUAAUAUUAAACCAAAAGGUAAAGAAAAAUAUGAUAUUCCUCGUCUCAGUCCAGACCUACCUGUGGUGAUUUGGGAAAUAAAUUCCUAG